UGAACUUAAUCAUGUCGCCCUCAUUUAGUUUGAUCAAGCAGCUGAUGCUGAACUCGCCUGGAUUGCAGAAACAGAAAAGAAACUGAUGUCUCUUGGUGAUAUUAGGCUUGAGCAAGACCAGACCACGGCUCAGCUACAAGUUCAAAAGGCUUUUACCAUGGAGAUUUUGAGGCACAAAGAUACUAUAGAUGAACUUGUUAAGUCCGGGGAUAAGAUUAUGAACACGUGCACUGAAGAAGAGAAGCAGACCAUAAAGAAAAAACUGAAAAGCCUGUUACAGAAAUAUGAUACAGUCUGUCAAAUGAACUCAGAGAGAAACCUCCAGCUGGAGCGGGCUCAGUCCCUAGUUAACCAGUUCUGGGAGACUUAUGAAGAGCUUUGGCCGUGGUUAACUGAAACAGAAAUGAUCAUCUCUCAGCUUCCUGCGCCAGCCCUUGAGUAUGAAACUUUAAAGCAACAACAAGAAGAGCAUCGGCAACUGCGUGAGCUGAUUGCUGAGCACAAGCCUCAUAUAGAUAAGAUGAAUAAAACUGGGCCUCAGUUGCUGGAGCUGAGCCCAGGAGAAGGUUUCUCUAUCCAAGAGAAAUAUGUGGCAGCUGACACCCUUUACAGUAAAAUUAAGGAAGAUGUCAAAAAGCGAGCGCUGGCACUGGAUGAAGCCAUUUCUCAGUGUACCCAGUUUCAUGACAAGAUAGAUCCAACUCUUGAGAGUUUGCAACGCAUAGUUGAACGCCUGAGGCAGCCACCUUCAAUCUCAGCAGAGGUUGAGAAGAUUAAAGAGCAAAUUAGUGAAAAUAAGAAUGUGUCAAUGGAUCUGGAAAAACUUCAGCCUGUCUAUGAGACGCUUAAGCAGCGAGGGGAGGAAAUGAUCGCUCGCUCAGAAGGGGCAGAUAAGGAUGUAUCUGCUAAAGCCGUGCAAGAUAAACUAGACCAAAUGGUCCUUAUUUGGCAAGACAUCCAGACCUUGACUGAGGAAAGGGAGGCCAAGUUGUUGGAUGUUAUGGAACUAGCUGAGAAGUUCUGGUGUGAUCAUAUGGCUCUCGUAGCUACUAUUAAAGAUACUCAAGACUUCAUUCGAGAACUGGAGGGACCUGGAGUUGACCCAUCUGUAGUCAAGCAACAGCAAGAAGCUGCUGAGGCUGCUAAAGAAGAAAUUGAUGGACUACAAGAAGAACUAGAAACAGUUGUGAGCCUAGGCUCUGAACUUAGAGCUGCUUGUGGAGAGCCAGACAAACCUAUUGUCAACAAGAGUAUAGAUGAGCUGAACUCUGCCUGGGAUGCCUUAAACAAAACAUGGAAAGAACGAGUAGAUAAGCUUGCUGAAGCUAUGCAGGCAGCUGUUCAAUACCAAGAUGGACUGCAGGUAAGAUGGUGAUACACCUAAUAUACC